GAAUAACUCUAUUCGUGUUCUUGCAUAAGUUGUGUACCCCCAACUGGCUGAAUCCUACCUGAGCCCCACGGCACAUAAGGUGCUUCCGAACCGCGCCUUGAAACGACGUGAACCGGUUUUGAUCUACACUCAAUCUCUCCACAAUCAUACACCUGCUAUCUUAUACUCCAAGACCGAAUGCGUUACAGAAAUUGAGGUCAAUGAAGAAGUGUUGUUGACGCAUUUCAACCAUUCUACUUUUUUGGGACAAUGGAAUCCAUCCGCCAGCAGAGCAAUAUCAAUAGACCGGCCCCCAGAGCGAGCGAUCUUUGCGUAGGUGCAAUAGUAUGGCUAGCUCCCAAAGAGAUAUCAGGGGAAGAUAUAAAAUGCUGCUGUGAACCACAUAUAUCCACUCCCGCCGAGCUCGACCAUGACGGUUACAACCAUCCAGUUGUGGUCUUGAAGAUCUCACAAAGACCAGGCUCUCGGGGCCAUGGGGACCUUGUUUGUGUUGUUGCCUGCGUCAGUUUUCCCAUGUCAUGUUAUCAAUUUUCAAGAGGAGAGUCAUGAAUUUGUUUUAUUUGGCGCUAACAUUUGAUAACUCAAUCAGAUAACAUCCUUCGACAGCUGCAGUCUCAAAAGGUACAUGCGCAAACUUAACCAUAGGCCCCACCUCAAAAACUCCAUCCCAAUCUUCCAUUCAACAUCAGAACCUCCAGAAGGGCACUUCACACAACUUCAUCUCGAGUCAGGGGACUUGCAUAAACAAUCCUAUGUUGGGACUUCACAUAUAUACCCAGUCCGCAGAACCUCUUUACAGUCCUUCGGACGACGAGGAAAUGUAAGAGCUUAUAAGACUCGUCUGACAGAGGGGGACUAUCGCCUUUUGAUGGCUCAGUUUGAGCUUGGUGCAGAAGAGUAUGAAUCUACGGAUAUGGUGCCACAAACUGCUGCUAGGAGGUUGAGGCUUUUGGCGAAUCCUUUGGCCCAACCAGAAGAAACCUUUCAUAUUGCUAUUUUCCCUCCUUUGCCUAGGAUUGAACCAGCCAGAAGAGAACCCCCGCCUGCUAUAUCUCCCGCUGAAAGAGCGAUAUCAUGGGAACGAUACAUUGAACAGCGGGGUUACGGUACAGUCACUGCACCAGCAAGACAAGUUCAGCCCCCGCCUGCUGCGCCUGUUUAUCCCAACCCCGUCACUAACAACCAUACGACUUACUGCCGCUCCCAAGACUACUCGGAAUAUCAAGACCAUGUUCGAAACUAUCGACAGUAUCCUUAUCAACAACAGGAGCAAAGGCACGGACGAAGUGACGAGUCUAGUGGCGAUGAUGAUUGGUCUGGAAUUGCCGCUUUUGUGGUCAUAGGCCUGAUAAUUUGGUGGAAAUGGUGAUCGUACUGAAGACAAUCGAAAGCUGUUCUGAGAUCAAUUCGUUGCUCGAAUGUUGAAGUAGGUUUGGCGUUGGCUAUGCUUUUUUAUUUACGGCCUAAUGUAAAAUGUUAUGAAAGAGUAUGGAAGGGGAGAAGGACCAUGUAAAAGGACGAAAAAGACGCUGAUUAAAGGCACAC